AUGAUUAAUUACUCAACUCUCCGUUGCUUUUGUGAAGACAAGAUGAAGUUCACAAUUGUCUUCGCUGGACUUCUUGGAGUCUUCCUGGCUCCUACCCUUGCUGACUAUAAUAUCAACGUCAACGAUGACAACAACGUCGCUGGAAGCGGGCAGCAGUCAGUGAGUGUCAACAAUGAACACAACGUGGCCAACAUUGACAAUAACGAUGGAUGGAACUCCUGGAAUGCCAUCUGGGAUUACAAAACUGACUUUGCUGCAGUUAGACUCUUUCAGAAGAAGUCAUGCAUUGUGCACAAAAUGAACAAGGACGCCAUGCCCUCCAUUGAAGUCCUCAAUGCGCUGGCCAAACAAAAUAAGCUUCAGGGGAAAGGACCAGAGGGAACACCUACCAAGGGCCUGAAGUACUCAGUGAACCCUAAUCAAGUCAAUGACCUGAAGAAGUUUGGACAAAACAUUGCCAGUAUGUGCCGGGGGAUUCCUACAUACUUGGCAGAGGAGACUCAAGAGGCGAGCCUGUUUUUUGAAUCAGGAAAGUGCUUCAAAGCUGAUAUUCUCUGGAUUCUGAACAUUUCCUUCUGUGCAGGAGAAGUGGAGAACUAAAAAAAUUUUUUAAAGCCACUAUGGAUUUAGUCAUCAGAAUAUGCUAUGGGUAAAAAUAUGGGUUCUAAUGGUUUUAUCUUGUCAUUCUGAAAUUUUUUUCUGUUAGUUUAUGUUUGAUUUCUUUAAGUUUCAAUAAACCCAUUUAGCACUGAA